AUGGCUACCCCUAGUGUCCUCGCUUUUGACGCUGAGGGUCGGGCCAUUGACUUUGAGGUAUGGGUAGACGGCCUGCAGCUGUUCUUACAGUGCGAUAGGGCAGACGGCCUCUCUCUCUUUGACCUUACCUCUGGCGCUUCCUCUGCCCCUGCUGCUGAUGCUGACGCCACUGUUCGCUCCCAGUGGGCCACGCGCGACGCUGCUGCACGUCUUGCUGUGCGUCGCCACCUCCCUACCUCCGAGCGUGCGCACUUUAGUCAGUACAAGAGUGCUCAGACCUUGUACGACGCUGUAGUCGCGCGCUACUCCUCCCCUGCCACGGCUGCACUGAGCCGUCUCAUGCUACCGUACCUCUUCCCUGACCUUGCUGCCUUUCCCACCGUGGCUGACCUCAUUACGCACCUCCGCACUAGUGACACUCGCUACCGCGCUGCACUCCCUGCUGAAUUCUGCGCCAAGAACCCCCCCCCCAUGUACAUCACUCUGUACUUCCUAGUCACUCGCCUUCCUGACUCCCUUCGAGUAGUCAGGGACCACUUUCUCUCAGUCUGUCCCACCACACUCACUGUCGAUCUCCUCGAGAAGGCCCUCUUAGCAGCGGAGAAGAGUAUAGUCGCUGUAGGAGCCUCUCGAGACGCCGCCCUGGCAAGGGCAAGGGGGGCAAGGGAGCUGGAGGAGCGGGCGGUGGAGGUGGAGGUGGAGGCGGUGGGGGUAGCGGGGGUGGCGGUGGGAGUGGAGGUGCGGGUGGGGGAGUCGGUGGCGGCAGUGGAGGCGGAGGCGGCGGCGGCGGUGGCGGUGGGAGCGGAGGUGGCGGAGGAGGCGGCGGUGGAGGCAGCGGUGGAGGCGGCGGUGGAGGCAGCGGUGGAGGCGGCGGUGGAGGCGGCGGCAGUAGCGGAGGCGGCGGAGGCGGUUGGGGUGGCGGUGGAGCUGGUCGCGGGUCUUCGCAGAGGAGUGGCUCCGGUAGUGGCGCGCGCCAGCAGCAGCAGCGUGGUCGUGAGACCCUAUCCCCUCAGCAGCUCCGUGAGUGGUACACUGCACGCCAGCGGGGUGGGGGUUUUGGUCCGUGCACCUACGCCCUGCGCACCGGCGACCGUGCGGCUGUCUAGGGCGGGUGUUGCCAUCUUUGAUCUUGACUUUGAUGCUAUUCUCUCUGCCAUGUAUGCUGUGUCUCAUAGUGAUGAGGGUGACUGCUACCGCUGUUUCCCGCCCGAUCCGGGCAUUGAGGCUGCUGCCCUAGGUGCUUGCGACGUUGCUGCUCUAGGUGCUAGUGUGUCUGCGUCUUCAGGUACUGGUGAGUCUGCGCUCUCAGGUACUACGUCGGCUUCGGCCUCCCUCACCUUCACUCUUGACUCUGGGGCGUCUCGCUCCUUCUUUCGGGACCGCACCACACUCACGCCGCUUAGUCGGCCGGUUGCGGUGUCUCUGGCUGACCCCUCCGGGGGUCCUGUACUGUCUCGCUUCUCCACAGUCCUCCCGUGUCCGGCGGCUCCCUCUGGCACCCUAUCUGGUCUCUACCUCCCCUCGUUCUCGACGAACCUGGUGAGUGGUGCUGACCUACAGGAUGGGGGAGUACACUUGUUCACUCCUGCGCGUCAGCGGGUGACGCACUGUACAGAGGCUAGCACAGGCCGGCACCUGGCUACGUUUACCCGUCAGCCGGGGUCGAGCCUGUACACACUGACCACUGCGUCUCCUCCCGUUACUGAGUCUGGUAGAGUCGCUUCGUCCGGUCAGGUGUUUGCUGCAGCGUCUAGGUCUGGUCCUGAGUCUGCCCCCUGUUCGUGUCGUCUCUUGUCUCAUGAGACUCUCCUCUGGCACCACCGUCUUGGUCACCCCUCUCUGCUUCGGCUCAGAGGCAUGGCCUCCCGUCUUCUUGUGACUGGUCUCCCCCGGUCCCUCCCUCCCCUUCCUCAGGGCCCUGGCCCUGCCUGUGUCCCCUGUGUCGAGGGGCGCCAGCGGGCUGCCCCUCAGUCCUCCCAGUUUCCUCCGACAGAGGCCCCGUUGCAGACGCUUCACAUGGACGUGUGGGGCCCGGCCCGCGUCCGUGGACAGGGUCACGAGCGCUACUUCCUGCUCGUUGUUGACGACUACUCGCGUUAUACCACGGUCUUCCCCUUGCGCAGCAAGGGUGAUGUCACUGAGGUGCUGAUCGACUGGAUCCGCGCGGCUCGUCUCCAGCUCAGGCGGAGCUUUGGCUCGGACUUCCCUGUUCUGCGUCUGCACUCGGACAGAGGCGGAGAGUUUUCCUCUGGCCUACUGCGAGCCUACUGUCGCGCACGAGGCAUCCGUCAGACCUUCACGCUUGCGGACUCACCGCAGCAAAAUGGGAUUGCUGAGCGCCGCAUUGGCAUGGUCAUGGACGUACGCGGCACAUCAGAUCAACCUCCACCCCAGGGUCUCCAGGCCGGAGACCUCCCCAGCCUUACUGUGGACGGGGAAGGUUGGCGAUGCGUCGGCGUUCCGGGUCUGGGGAUCUCGGGCGUUUGUCCGCGACUUGUCUGCGGACAAGCUGUCCCCUCGUGUUGCUCCUUGCGUCUUCCUGGGGUUCCCCCCUGA